AUGUCUCGAUUGGUUCUCGCACGAAAUCCUUCUUGCCAACAUUCGUUCUUUCUUUUGAAUCGAAAAGGUCGGAACGGAGAAGCGGCGAAAUUAUUUUCCCAUUCCGACCGGAGUGGUGUUGCGAUGUGGAUGAUGAAUCAUGACAAGAAUUUUCGAAAUUUUCAUUUCGGAACUCGUGUCCUCAAUGACACUUUGAAAUCAUCAUCUUCAGAAUUAAAUCAUUCGAAACAGAUCAAGAAUGAAAGAAGUUUGGAAGAAACUGCAAAUUCCUCAUUAGUGACUCAUUCUGAAGAUGGAUCCAAAUUUGUAAAUAACAUGAAUAAUCAAAGUGACAACACAGAUUCAUCCAACACGCAUGUUCCUCAUGUAAAAUUUGAAACAAAAGAUUAUUUCAAAUUAUUGAUCGUGAGCAUUUUGGGAGGAUGCUUUGGUGGAAUGGUUGGUUUGGGUGGAAAUAUCAUUCUCAUUCCCUUACUCACUCAAAUCUUUUCGAAUCGACUCAGCGCCAAACAAAUUGUUGCCACUUGUCUCCUCACAGUGGUCACUGCUGGACUUGUUGGAAGUAGUACUCUCUAUUUUAAAGGAGAUGAAUAUGUAGAUAUUGGAUCAGCUAUUCUCAUUGCUGGAUUUGCUUCGUUGACGGCUCGAUUUGGUGUGAAAUUAUCUUCGAGUAUUCAAGAUCGAACAUUGAAACUCAUUUUGGCGUUUUUUAUGUUAUUUGUGGCGCCGUUGGUGUUGUUCACAGGAAGCAAAAAAGAAGAACUUGCUUUGGAGAAGAAGAGUGAUUUAAGGGAUGAAAAAGUAACACCAUUGAAUGCAAAUUUAAGCUCAUCGAAGAGUCAAGAACAGUUCAUUUCACACGACCAUUCCAAAACUAUUUCUGAUCAAAAGAUGGUGAUGGGAGAAGUUACACAUCACAAAGACGAAAAUUCAUCCUCAUGGAUUGCUUCAUUGAUGAAACGACAAGAUCUUUUGAAAUCUCCACAAGAAGUUGCUUCUCUUUUCGUGCUAGGAUCAACCAUUGGAGUGAUGAGUGGUCUUUUAGGAGUUGGUGGAGGAGUGUUGACAGUUCCCAUGUUGAGCUUUUUGUGGCUUUCUGAAUUCUCUCCUCUUAAAAAUUCAAACAAGAAUCAUCAACAAGCCACUCAACAAUUAGUGAUGGGAACUUCACUGGCGGCCAUGACUCUUCCAUCGACAGUGGCUUUGUGUUCACAUUGGAGAGUUGGAAAUGUUUUAUUUCGAUUGAGUCCAUUCUUGGUUUUAGGAAGUGCUUUGGGAGCUUAUAUAGGAAGUUCCAUGGCAAGUGAAAUGGAUGAAGAAAUGUUGAAACGAAUAUUUGCAAUGACGAUGGUUGCAUUGGGAGGUAGACAAUUUUGGAAAGCAUGGAAAAAGUGA